AUGAUCAUGAGUAUGAGUGUCCGUGGCCUAGCGUUAAGGUCUGCUUCUAAAUCGCUGUUGAAUCAAGGCAUUCGCCGUUCUCCGGUCGUGGUCGGAGCUCGUUAUAUGUCUUCCACUCCAGAGAAACAGACUGAUCCAAAGACAAAGGCCAAUUCUAUCAUUAAUGCUAUUCCAGGUAACAAUAUCUUAACGAAAACUGGGGUUUUAGGGACUUCGGCUGCUGCCGUCAUUUAUGCCAUCUCCAAUGAAUUGUAUGUUGUCAAUGAUGAAAGUAUUCUUUUGCUAACUUUCUUGGGUUUCACUGGUUUGGUUGCAAAGUAUCUGGCCCCAGCAUACAAGGAUUUCGCAGAUUCAAGAAUGAAAAAGGUUUCCGAAAUCUUAAACGCUUCAAGAAACAAGCAUGUUGAAGCCGUUAAAGACAGAAUUGGAUCUGUCUCUGAAUUACAAAAUGUUGCUGAAACAACAAAAGUGUUGUUUGAUGUUUCCAAAGAAACUGUCGAGCUCGAAAGUGAAGCUUUCGAAUUGAGACAAAAAGUAGAGUUGGCUCACGAAGCAAAAUCCGUCUUGGAUUCAUGGGUUAGAUACGAAUCUUCCUUACGCCAAUUGGAACAAAGACAGUUGACAGCUUCUGUCAUUGCUAAAGUCGAGUCCGAACUAGGAAAUCCAAAAUUCCAAGAUAAAGUUUUGCAACAAUCCAUCACUGAAAUUGAACAACUACUUUCCAAGUUAAAGUAA